GUCACUCGUUUCAUUCAUUCAGUGUGCUACUUUUGGGACUUUUAUGCAAAAACAAAACUGUCCAUUCAAUUCGAUCUCACGGAACGGUCUUGCGACAACCAAUUGGCCGAUCACAGGCCUGCAAACCUGGAAGCCCAUGACAAGAGCCUCAAUCGCGUUGUGGUUCUCUGGGAGCAACCAGCAUUAGCGAAACACCAGAUGCAAUACAUUCGUAUACGAGCCUCAACAGACGUCACAGAAUGAGUUCGAAGAAGUUUUUCUCCUGGUCCAAGAAUCGCUCACCGUCGGAGCCAUACCAUCGGACUGGUGGGCUUCUGACCAUUGACACAAGCGUGGGUGACAAAGGCAAGGAGCCGGGUCCGGCUGUGCCUUCAAAGAACACACCACGGAACGGGAGACGACGCCCUCCAAACCUCAACCUCACCAUUCCACGAGGUUACAAUGGCCAUCUCAAUUGUUUGACUCCCGCGUCUGCCCGUCAUAAUGCAGCUUUUGUCAAUUCCGCAACCAAUCUGUUGGCCGUUGUCAAUGACAUGCUACGCUCUCCAGCUUUGAGCGCCUCUCUAUGUCCCAGAUCUGCCGAGAUACAUAAGCCUCUUCCCAGUCGGCCACGUUCCGUGUCACUACCGUCUACACCGGACCUGCCCGUCGAACUUCCAGGAUCAAUCCUUCUCGACAAUCAGGGCCUCCCCUCAGCGCCCGUUGCGGGUCCCUCAACCCAUAGCUCAGAUACAAUGAGGUCCGUCCGCAGCGGGAAUCCCAUUAGCUCCAAUGCCGCAGCUAAAUCAACUCCUUCAAAGGUGCUGCAGCAUAAGUCGAGUUUGAGCGAAUCCAGUCUGAAAAGACGUUCAAAGUCACGGCCUAAUUUGAUAACAACGCCCACUACUCAGUCCACCGAAAGUAAACUCACAGCGUGCUCUGCUUCGACGAAUGGUGGUCAAACAAUUGCCAGUAAUGAUUCAACGCAAGCUUGUGUGGGCGUAGAGAGACAAUUGCAACCCGCGCCAUUGAUAGUAGAAGAGAAGCUUCUGAAAAGGGCCAGCGGAGAGGGCUCAAGUCGUCGGAAUGAAGCCAACACAUCAACCACUCCAACACCGACAUCUGUACGAAGUCAACGUAUUGAGGAAUUGAAGGCUACAAUAACUGCACAGGACAGUACUAUCUCAACUUUACAAGCGCAAUUCGGUAGCUUGCGCAAAUCUCACGAAGCAGAGAUAGCUAGUCUGCAAGAUGCACAUUCAGCUGCGGUCGCGUCUCUUCAAGAUUACACACGAGUGUUAGAAGAGCAACAAAGUCAGCGCACGCUUCACCACGCCUCCAGCAACCACUUUUUAAUGUUACUUGAUACCACCGAAAACCCAUUAUCUCCUGGACUCCAAUCUCCGACAAAAGAUAGUCCUCUAACGGCUGCCGGUACGAACUCUGCCAAUUCGAUUAGAUCCUUCCAGUCGGCACUCGAGCAGCAAACACGGCAAACAAAGGAUAACGCUGAAAUGGAAAAUCUUAAGCGUAAACUUAGUGCCGCGCGACGACCCGAGACGGGGAACCGAGAUAUGGUGCGGGAGCUCAAUCAAUAUAAACAGAACAAUACCGCUUUGCAAAAGCAAAUCGAAUCCUUGAUGGCCAAAUUGAACGAGUCAAGGAAGAACGAACGGCUCCUAUCUUCGACAUUGGCAGAUAUUGACAAGAAUGUCACGCAAUGGCAAGAGAAAGCUAAGAAGGUUGAGAAGUUGGAGAAAAGCACGGCGGCUAUGCAGAAUAGCAUUGAUCAUUUGUCUCAUCGGUUGGAACUGGCCAAUUGCGACAAACUGGAUGCUCAAGAAGCACUGCUCAAUGCUAGGAUGCGGCAAUCCCCCUUUGAUCCAAAAUUGCCGAACCAGCACCUCUCCAAUCAUCUACCAAACGAACCUCAUAUGAGCAUGAGUACCGUUUUCUCAUCGGGCUCACCCUCAAGCCAUGGAAAUGAUCCACAUGAGUCAUCGACACUUGCUGCAUUCAUUGCACAUAUAGAACGACUACAAGAACAGCUUAAACAGAAAGAUGUUUCUUUAGGAGAAGCCGACGAAAAAUAUGGCGACCUUCGAGACCAGCAUGAAUUGCUGGUACGCGAACACCAUGACCUGACUCUUCACUGUGACAUACAGAGCAAGAUCCUCGGCAAGAAUAAACAGUCUGAGAUAUACAUCGAUCAGCUACGAACGGCCAUUAUUGAGCGAGAAUCAAUGAUCGGUGAGAAGGACAAGGCCCUUCGUAUGGUGGAACGGCAAUUAGAGCACCACAAGCUACUCCUACAUGCAGAGAUCAGACGACAUGCAACUAUGUCAUUAUUCACCGACACGAAUACCGAACCACUGCCCGACCUUACAUCUCUGGCCUCCAAGGAGGACAUUGAUCGGUGGAUACUGCGUCUUCAGGCGCGCUUAAGAAAAGAUGUUUCCUCGGAAGGCAGCGAUAAUCAGUUUUCUCAGAUGAAUAUAGAUGACUUGCGGAAAGAGAUCGACUUCUAUGUUCGCGAGAUCAUCUAUUACAAGCUUGACAUCAAGGGCUACAAAUCAGACAUCAAGAAACUCAAGAAUAUUGCGCAACGAAUGGGUGACUACGGCAGUCGUACCAACGAUGUUGAAUCCCCUACUCCUUCGCUAUGCCGCUGCGGCGAUACCCCCGUCCGAGCUCGAUUUCCAUUUGGAGUUGCGGGACUAAGCAUCUCCAACACGCCCUCGCCGAUAUCGACGGGCCCCAUCUCCGCAUCCGCAUCCACCAAGCAACCGACGCCAACACCCACGGAAACGAAACCGUUAGCUUCUGAGCCUUCUUCAGGCGAUACCUUGAAGCCUACCGUUACCACACCCUUACAAGCCACAUUUGAUCAAGCCUCUAUCAGAGUUGCGGUCCCGCAAACACCAACCCGUAAGACGGCCGGCAACGUAGCCAACGAGGCGGAUGGAAUUGAUCCCGGCAUCUCACCCAGAUCCAACCCGAGGCUCUCUCCCGACAGGAGGAGACCCACGCCCACAUCACCUGGUCAAGAACGGUCGUGCGAGAUGGCUACGAAUUUUCCGCUGAGCACUCCAGCUGCACCCAAGAGGAUGGAUACGCAGCGUAGUAAUAGUGACUCGAUCAUUCAGAUGUAUGCGGCGCCGCGGACUCCAGAAUGGUCUCCCGCAGCAGUUUCGGUUGUACCAAAUGGAGAGGUCACAGAUAAUGCAAGAAUCGUGGGAACGAGGACCAGGUCAGCCUCCGUUUCGGAAGCUACGAAAGAGAAGUCCACUCCCGAACGUCCACCACGUCCAAAGUACGGCCUCUACGAAUCUCCAGCCAGCAAAGGCCUGAACAAUGAGACCUCUACGGCCCCACGGGUGGAUGUCAUGGCUGAGGCAUUGAAGAAUCCACCUGCGCAAUCGAGGCCUACAUUGCAAGCCCGCUUCGAAGGCAAACUCGCCGACCUGACGAAGGAAGUUCGAGGCCUGUCGAGCAACCACCUCUCUCGUUCUAACUCGACUGGCUCCAAUUCAGCCAUACCGCCUCCACUGUCUCUCCGCCCACGAGCCGGCUCAGCAGGAUCCAGCACAGCAGCGAUCGGACAGGUCGCAUCACCUCAACGCAAACCAAGCGAUGCAUCAGGCGCCAGCGUCCCUUUCAUCAUCGCCAUGCCAUCACCCUACGUGACGAACCCCCCUCUCUCGCCGUCGCCCACUCCAACCCUUCCACCACCCACCUGCUCCAUCACAUCCAAAUCAGCAACGAAACCGCAACCUUCAACAAGCAGAACCGGGGUCGGCGGCACGAUGGCGAGCUCCACUCCCUUAACAUCCCCAAUCUCCCCUCCGCACCCAGACUCCGCGAAAUCAUUCUUCGACGCCGCGGACGGCGGCAGCAGCAACACAUCCAAAAUCCCCUCACCCAGACAAGCACCAGCAUCACACAGCCGCAACGUAAGUCUCAACAGCAUCGGCCGCAAAGGCACGCCCGCCACCUCCGCAAUCGAGGGUCUCACUACCCAUUCCCACCACCACCAUCACCACCAUUCGCGGAACGCAAGCGCAAGCAGCACGACAAGCGCGACAUACAGCCUGCGAAACGCAGUUCAGGGCCUCCCGGCCUCGCUCAUCAAGGGCAAAGGGAAGGCGAGGAAGGAGAGUAUCUCGGGCCCGACGCCGCUGGCUAGUCCUUUUGAUGUCGAGCGUGGGGUGGUGGGUGCUGUGGGUGGUGGAGGCAUUGGAGAGGCGAUUUGA